AAAUUUGGAAAUUCAUGUCAGGGCAAGCAAUUGUUUGGAAAUUCAUGCGAAAUGAUCGAGUGAGUACCUUCGAUGGUAGGGUUCGAGAGAGAGACGGGUCCCAGCUCGGUCUACCGGCGUCGCAAACCAAACCCCUGCGAUCAAAGUCAAACAUUCGUUAAUUCCAAAACUUAUUCUCCAGAACCCCCAUUCCAUUCCCGAUCAUAACAACAAUCUUCGCUUAUUGUUUCCAUUUUCAUCCCAAGAGUUUGGAGAUCCCCAACUCUCGAGAACUAUGUCUUCCAUAGUUACCGAUGCCUGGAAAGGCUAUCUCCUUCAACUUCAGAAGAAUCCUCUCAGAACAAAGGCGAUCACUGCUGGGGUUUUAGCUGGUUGCAGCGACACGGUGGCUCAGAAGAUUUCUGGGAUCAAAAAGCUUCAAAUCAGACGAUUACUUCUUUUGAUGCUCUAUGGCUUUGCUUAUGCUGGACCCUUUGGGCAUUUUUUGCAUAAGUUAAUGGAUAAAAUUUUCAAGGGGAAGAAAGGAAACACAACUGUUGCAAAGAAGGUGAUAUUGGAACAAUUGACCAGCUCUCCUUGGAACAAUUUGUUUUUCAUGAUAUACUAUGGUUUGGUAGUUGAAGGAAGACCAUGGAGUUUAGUGAAGGCUAAAGUUCGAAAGGAUUAUCCAACUAUUCAGCUGACUGCUUGGCGGUUCUGGCCUAUAGUUGGUUGGGUGAAUUACCAGUACAUGCCUCUGCAGUUUCGAGUGAUAUUUCACAGCUUUGUUGCUUCAUGCUGGGGAAUCUUUCUGAAUCUGAAAGCAAGAUCAGUUGCGGUGAAGGCAGCAUAAGUUGAAUCAAAUGUCUAACCUCACCAUCACUGCUCUAAUUUAAGCCUUAAAGUCUCUUUCUUUACUUUGGUAUCUGUAGAACCCAUUAGCUUUUGAUGUGAGCUUGAUUGCUAAUCUUCUGUUUUGACUCGCACCAAUGAAUAAUACAAGGGUAGGAAUAAACUAAAGAAGCUUGUCUCUA